AGCUAGCUAGUAGCUACAGUAGUGUCCACAGUAGCAGAGUGUCUUAAUAAGGGAGGGACAGAGAGAGUGAGAGAUGUGUAGAGCUAGCUAGUAGCUACAGUAGUGUCCACAGUAGCAUAGUGUCUUAAUAAGGGAGGGACAGAGAGAGAGAGAGAGCCACUGAGACCCUAGUGGGAUAGCAGGCUACACUGGGACAGAUUGAUUUUUUGGGAUUGACCGACUAACAGGAUACGGAAUAACAGAUCACGGUUAAAGACGAGGAAGGAGAGAAAAGAGGAAGAAGGAGGGAGGUGAUAUACAGAGAGAGGAUCGACUUUUGACAGGUGUGAAGGAGAUUCAUGGGUAACCUCCUGAAAGUGCUGGCUUGCUCCGACCUAGAGCAUGGCCCAAUCAUUUUCCUUGACUUUGAACAUGCCCAGCCUACGGAGGCAGAGACGGCGGUAUGGAACCAGGUCAGUGCUGUCCUGGAGGAGGCCCACGGUAUCCUGGCCGAACUACAGUCAUACAACGGGGCGGGACAGGAGAUACGAGAGGCCAUCCAGAACCCAGGUGAUCUGCAGUUACAGGAGAAGGCCUGGAACGCAGUCUGCCCCCUGGUGGCCAAGCUCAAACGCUUCUACGAGUUCUCCCUCCGACUGGAGAAUGCCCUGCGUAGCCUGUUGGAGGCGCUGACGAGCCCUCCCUACGCUCCCAUGCAGCACCUGGAGAGAGAACAGGCCCUGGCCAAACAGUUCGCUGAGAUACUCCACUUUACCCUCAGCUUCGACGAACUAAAGAUGACAAACCCAGCCAUUCAGAAUGACUUCAGCUACUACAGGAGAACCAUCAGUAGAAACAGGCUGAACAACCAGCAGUUGGAGGCGGAGAACGAGGUGAACAACGAGAUGGCCAAUCGGAUGUCUCUGUUCUACGCCGAGGCCACACCCAUGCUGAAGACCCUGAGUAAUGCCACCACCAAGUUUGUGUCAGAGAAUAAGACCUUACCCAUUGAAGACACCACAGACUGCCUGAGCACCAUGGCCUGUGUGUGUCGCGUCAUGCUGGAGACCCCUGAGUACCGUUGUAGGUUCACCAACACAGACACCAUGUUGUUCUGUAUGAGGGUGAUGGUGGGAGUAAUCAUCCUGUACGACCAUGUCCACCCUGUAGGAGCCUUCGCCAAGACAUCCAAAAUAGACAUGAAGGGCUGCAUCAAGGUGCUGAAAGAACAGCCUUCCAACAGCGUGGAGGGACUUCUGAACGCACUGAGGUAUACAACCCGACAUCUAAACGACGACAGCACCUCUAAACAAAUCAGGGCUCUUCUUCAAUGAAAGAUGGAAGAGAGGCGAGUGUGAAGGAAGGAGAGAGAGAGAGAGAGAGAGAGAGAGAGAGAGAGAGAGAGAGAGAGUGCACACAGAGGGAGGAGAAGUAAAAAUGAUGGAGAACAAACUGUGUUGGCUGAAUCCUGUUUGUUUACAUGAAUGAAAAGCUGAAUGAUCAGGUCUGAUAAAAAACCUGAUGAGAAGAAGUUUAUGUUCAUCGUUCUGUCUCUCAUUUUGUAAAAAAAAAAAAAAAGAAAAUGAAGGAUUAAUCUAUAGAGAUAUAUAUUAAAGAAAGAAAGAAAAAAAAACUAAACUAAAGUGUUACCAGAUUUCUAAUAAGACUAAAUAAGACUAAAGAGGAAGAACAAAAAGGAAAAAGCUAUAUUUGAAAAAUAUACGGUCAGAAAAUAAAAACUGAAGCAAAAAAAUGAAAAUAAACAAAAAGCUUCAUAUUCCGUUACAACAACGUUAGUCUGAAGAAUAUUUUUGCAUUUCACGUAGAAUAUAAACAGCGCCGUCCACCUAGUCGCUGGAAAGAUUUAAACCAGGCUCCAUUAAAAACUGUAAAGAAUAGACUGGGAUUGACAAAACGGCCUGAUUCCAAACCAAUGGCUUAUCCUUCUCCAAAAAUCCUUGUUGACUCCCCUUGAUCUAAAAUGACUUUGAGUUGGGAGCAUUGUGGGGGAAACACUUCAUAACAUACCAGAAGGCUAAUGGGAGCUUUAACCAUAUUGCUGAUACCAAUCCAAACAAUUUGUCAGAUUGUCAACAAGUUCCUAGGGUUCGGGAAGAGGUAUUGGUUUGGGACCAGGCCCCUGUGCAGAUUAUAAUCAGUCACUGCAUUGAGGGUCCAUCCCAAUAGUUUGAAGGGGCUUCCUCUUCUCCUCGUCUCCUCUCCUUGUCUCCUCUCCUCCAUUUACACUGAACUGACAACACAGGCGUUAUUAAGUAAGUAUUGCAGAUGAAAAAAAGGGGACGAGGAGACAAGGAGGGGAAGCUAUUUUACUGUAUUCACAUACACCCAGACACUGCUCAUCACACACCCACUCCGACCCCCCCCCCCCCCUCCCACAACCCACCACCCACUUGAAUCGUAACCACGGGAACUGUGGGAGUUUUUGGCACUAGUACGUUAUGUUAUGCCGUAAAUGGAGUUUGUGAAGAAUUUUGGUGAUUCAGCCCUCUCUUUAUGGUGCUAAAACGUUUAACUAUCGACAUAAAACCUCACACAACGUUUCAUACAUCUAGUGCCAAAGCUACCGCAUCAUCAGCAGGUGAGGAGGGGGUUAAAGGAGAUACCGACGGCUAGCCUUGUACCACCUUUAUGGGGUUAAAGGAGAUACCGACGGCUAGCCUUGUACCACCUUUAUGGGGUUAAAGGAGAUACCGACGGCUAGCCUUGUUCCACCUUUAUGGGGUUAAAGGAGAUACCGACGGCUAGCCUUGUACCACCUUUAUGGGGUUAAAGGAGAUACCGACGGCUAGCCUUGUACCACCUUUAUGGGGUUAAAGGAGAUACCGACGGCUAGCCUUGUACCACCUUUAUGGGGUUAAAGGAGAUACCGACGGCUAGCCUUGUACCACUGCUUGAUAUCUAUCUUUAUGGGGUUAAAGGAGAUACCGACGGCUAGCCUUGUACCACCUUUAAGGGGUUAAAGGAGAUACCGACGGCUAGCCUUGUACCACCUUUAUGGGGUUAAAGGAGAUACCGACGGCUAGCCUUGUACCACCUUUAUGGGGUUAAAGGAGAAACCGACGGCUAGCCUUGUACCACUGCUUGAUAUCUAUCUUUAGGGGGUUAAGGAGAUAGUGACUGACUGCUUAAUAUCUAUCUUUAGGGGGUUAAGGAGAUAGUGACUGACUGCUAGAUAUCUAUCUUUAGGGGGUUAAGGAGAUACUGACUGCUAGCCUUGUAACACUGCUUGAUAUCUAUCUUUAGGGGGUUAAGGAGAUAGUGACUGACUGCUUGAUAUCUAUCUUUAGGGGGUUAAGGAGAUAGUGACUGACUGCUUAAUAUCUAUCUUUAGGGGGUUAAGGAGAUACUGACUGCUAGCCUUGUACCACUGCUUGAUAUCUAUCUUUAGGGGGUUAAAGGAGAUACCGACGGCUAGCCUUGUACCACUGCUAGAUAUCUAUCUUUAGGGGGUUAAGGAGAUAGUUACUGACUGCUUGAUAUCUAUCUUUAGGGGGUUAAGGAGAUAGUGACUGACUGCUUGAUAUCUAUCUUUAGGGGGUUAAAGGAGAUACCGACGGCUAGCCUUGUAACACUGCUUGAUAUCUAUCUUUAGGGGUCCUAACGGCUCCAGGACAUCACAGUCUACUGCUCCAAUCCCUACAUAGCCAACCAGCCAUCAGUAAACCAUAUUCUGUACCUUGUGAAAUCUUGGAUGUGCCAUCUUGGAUUUUUUCAGUGGAAUACUCUAUUGAAGCAUAAAGAGAAGGGCAGAGAAUUUCAGGGAGGGACAAAGACCUUAUCAUUAACAAGAGGAUAUAUAAACACACACAUAUGCACACAGGCACAGUCAUUAGAUUACUCAUAGAGUCGCAGUGUAAAUAAGUGAGCGAGCUGAGUAUUUUCUCAUCAGGCAACUACAAGGCCAGCUCUGGUCCUUCAGGAUAGAAUACACGACAACAAUAACAAAUGUGCUUAUGUUCCACUAGACAUUUCUUCUUUUAGUAUGAGGCAAAUAAAAAAAAUGUUGUUGACAAAGUGGGUAUUGAAAAUAAAGAAGUUGAAAAAGGAGAUUUUAAAAAUGCAGAGCUGUAAUUUCCAUGUCUAUAGACCUUAGUCUGACUUCAGUUGAUCUCAUAAUAUAUUUUAUAUACAGGGGUAUGUGCUACAAACAUAUUCUGUAUAUAUAUAUAGAUGGCAUGUUGUAAAGUUCUAACAUAAAAUGUGUACAUAAAAGGUGUUUUUAUUCAUUUUUGAUUGUUCAGUGAAGCUGAAAUUGGGUGUGUUGUCUCUCUCAGAAAUACCAUGGCUUGGCUUGGACCAUUGGACUUGCUGUAGUGAGUCAUAGGUUUAAAAAAAAUAAAAUUAAAAUAAAAACUCAUCUUGGCGAAUGAAACGGCGGGAGGGGCGGGACUAGUUGUGAGCUGUCCAUUUGCUUGUUAUUUUGUACAUUUUGUGCAACAAUAAAACUUGUCCAUUUAUUACAUUCAA